AACGGCUGAUAGUCUGUAACAUUUGCUUUUGCACCGUUUUCGAUGAAUGAAGCAAAGGAAACUAACGGGAAAAUCGGGAAAAUAUUUACUAAAUCGGAAGAGUGUGUUUCGUUGCGAUACAUGAUUUUGCCAGUUGAACUUUAUCCUGGUGUAACGGAAAUAUGAUUUGUUUUAUGAUAACUCGAAUAUGUUGUUCAGGAUAAACGAAAUAUAAAAGAGAGCAGAAAUUCAGUGAACCUUUUUUUCGGUUAAAUCGUUUUUCAAAGGACAUUCGAUUAUAAUGUAGCCAAUUCGACAAAAUAUUUGGUCGUUAAGCUUUUGAAAGUGUUCGUUUUUUUCUGUUUAUUGUUUUUUUGUUCGUAAUUAAGAGACGUUCAGUACGUUUAAGUUGUGUACAAUUUUACAAAAUUGGAUUUGAUUAAAUGUGAUUUACAACGGCGAAAUAACGUGCCAAUCAAAGGGAUUAAUUUUUACAAUUCUGAAAUAUAUCAUCAAACGAAUCACCACAAUGAAAUUAUCAGAGAAUAAACUGGAAGCGAUUCAGCUAUCGAACCGUAGUAGCCUGAAAAGUAAUACACCCAAACGAUCGGACUCUUGCAAACUGAGCUAUCGCAAUAGCGUUAAGAGCAUCAAAAGUAGUUCCAACAAAGACGGUGGCAUUCUGCAUCAAAUACCCGACAUCGACGUACCGUACAUGGAAAUAAACAAAGAGUACGACAUCCUAAAGAACAUAGCCGAGGGAUGUUUCGCCAAAAUCUAUUUAGUUCAUCAUCGACCGAUCAAAACGAAUGUGGUACUCAAAGCCAUCCACACCGAGCUAACUACGUUUAAGGAAUUCAUCAAAGAAUUUCACUACAGCUACCAACUGAGUCAUCAUCCAAACAUAUUAAGUUCCUAUAAUGUGGCAUUCCAAUCAAACGAUUACUUUGUAUUCGCUCAAGAGCAUGCGCCGUUCGGUGAUUUAUCGGCGAAUUUAGGACCGGGCGGACUGCAGGAAUCAUCCGUUAAGUCUAUUGCCAGUCAAUUGAGUUCGGCAUUAGGAUUUAUGCAUUCAAAGUCGUUGGUGCAUCGUGAUAUUAAAUUGGAGAAUGUUCUAGUGUUCGCAUUGGACUUUUCCCGAGUGAAACUUUGUGAUUUUGGUGCAACGACCAGGGAGGGUACACUGGUGGCGAAAAUCAAGCACACAUGGAAGAACUUUCUGCCACCCGAAGUCAUCGAAUCGGUGAAACAUGAACGUUUCAUAUGUCGAUCGUCGGCUGAUACCUGGCAAUUAGGCAUUAUGAUCUAUUCGUUGCUAACCGGUAAUGUGCCAUGGCGUAAAGCGGAUUGGGUGAAUGAUGCUAAAUAUGCAGCGUUCAAGAAGUAUGAAGAACGCAAAACGACCAAAAUUCCCGAAAAUUUUGCCAAAUUUUCGCCGCGAUUCUUGCGAGCAUUUCGCAAAAUUCUCUGCCACAAUACGGAGGAUCGGGCAAAGGUGACCGAAAUUAUGAAGUACAUGAAAGAUAAGUGGAUGGACUCGAAAAUAUCAUCGUCCAAAUCGACGGGAAACAUUCUGGGCGGACAGGCGGCAUCCGACCAGGAUUCGAUCUGUGUUUAUCUGAAUAAUCGUGAAAGUAGACAUUCAUUAGAUGAAAAUAAGACAAGACUUAGACGUUUAAUGUCCACGUAUUGUUUAGAAACGUCGUUGGACCAAAAUGUUGUGAAGAAACGGAUUUGGGAAUGGAUAUUAUCAUGCGAAGAAAAUCAUGGCGAUGACGCUGAAGGAUAUUAAAAUGUGUAAGCAAUAUUAGUGUGUAAGUGACUCUAUUUAAGGUUUACAUUUAAGGGAAAUUUAUGGAUUUCAAAAUG